AUGACCAUAACCUCAACCACCCGCAUCACGGCGGAGCGUCGACUCCCUACGCCGCCUCCAGAGUCCCAGCUGCUAUCCCAGCCGCGGAUCUAUGCCGCCCCAGACUUUCCGUUCAAAGGCUGGCAGCCUCCCAAGCCUGACGGAUAUCAACAGAGUGCGGGGACUCCCUCGGAAAGCGCGAUUGUCAUUGACAAUGGCGCGAGUACGGUCAAGGCCGGCUUCUCCUUCGACAAGGUUCCCCGAUUCCUCGUCCCACCGAUCAUGGCCAAGUUCAAAGACCGGAAGUUCAAUAAAUACUGCGCAUUUGUGGGCCAUGAUGCCUACGCGGACGCUACUACGCGUGGCCAGAUCAGACAGGCGUUCGAACAGCACACCAGCAUCCCGACCAACUGGGACAUCUUGGAAGGCGUCUACGACUAUAUAUUCCUGAAGCUGGGUGUGAACGGGGAGGGCAGUGUGGGCCGGCCUUUGGUCGUCACAGAGCCUGUCGCGAACCUGGGCCAUAGCAGGAGAAUGAUGAACGAAAUGCUUUUCGAAUGCUACGGCGCACCGAGUGUCACCUAUGGUAUCGACAGCCUGUUCUCUUAUCGGCAAAACAAAGGCCAGUCUGGGCUCGUUGUAUCUUCUUCCCAUACCUCGACGCACAUCAUCCCUGUCUUGAACCGAAAACCUCAGAUGCAAAUGUGCGCAAGGUUGAACUGGGGAGGCUCGCAGGCACAAGAAUUCUUGUUGAAGUUGUUGCGCUUGAAAUACCCCAUAUUCCCCGGUAAGAUGACGAUCGAGCAGAUGGAGACCUACAUCAAACAAUAUUGCUAUCUUUCAACGGACUACGCGACAGAACUGUCAACCUAUCUGGAUUGGUCGGGUCUCGAGGAGGAUCGAGAUAUCCUCAUCCAGUAUCCCUUCACAGAGCAAGUUGUGGUCGAGAAAUCGGCCGAAGAGCUUGCCCGGAUAGCAGAGCGGAAGAAGGAGUCUGGCCGACGCCUUCAAGAGCAAGCCGCCAAAAUGCGUCUAGAAAAGCUCAUCAAGAAAGAACAGCAGUUGGAAUACUAUCAGAAUUUGCACAAUGACUAUAUCAACGCUCCAACCAAGAAGGAGCAGCGCCGAAUCCUGGACGACGAAGAGCUGAAAGACGAGGCCGCGCUGGAGAGAAUUAUCCGAGACUUGGACAAAUCAAUCAGUAAAUCCAGGAACAAGGAGUUGGGUGCUCCCGAAGAAGAAGAGAACCUCGAGGAACAGCUGACCAAGUUUCCGCUUCUGGAUGUUCCCGACGAUCAACUGGAUGAAGAGGGCAUCAAGCAGAAGCGGCAUCAGAGACUAAUGAAGUCCGGUGUCGAAGCAAGAAUAAGAGCCAAACAGGAAAAAGAACGUGAGAGAGCACGGGUGGCAGAAGAAGAGAGAAAGGACCGCGAGACCCGCGAGAAUCGCUUUGACGAGUGGCUCGCAGGGCGCCGACAACAGCGACUGUCGUUACUCGCAAAGAUAAAGGAGCAAGCAAGGCAGAAAGCAGAUUCCAGUAAUCGCAAAGGCAUAGCUUCCCAGAUGCGCAUGAAGACCUUGGCGAACCUUGCUUCAGAUGGACCAAAGCGAAAGCGCAGAGGUGGAGGGGACUAUGAUGACGACUUUGGGGCCAACGACGAAGACUGGGGCGUCUACCGGACGGUCGCCACUGAACCUGCAAGUGACGACGAGGAGCCAGAAGAAGACCCUCUUACCGCUUUGAAGGCGCUGGAGAGCGAACUCCUGCAGUUCGAUCCGAAUUUCUCGGAGAAGGACACUAUCGAAGCGCAGAACGAUUGGACCAAGAGCGUAUUGCAUGCUUUCCUACGAGGAGCGAGGCCUGCGGAUCCAGAGAGUCAGCGCGAAGGCAAUCAGAUCCACUUGAACGUCGAACGCAUCAGAGUGCCAGAGGUGGUAUUUCAGCCUGGGAUUGCUGGGGUCGACCAAGCUGGUCUUGUUGAAAUCAUUGAGGGUAUUGUCAUGGGUCGGUUUGCGGACUUUGACCAACAACAGGCCCUGCUCAAGGAUGUCUUUCUCACUGGCGGAAAUACCAUGUUCACGAGCUUCGAGCAACGGCUUAGGCAGGAACUCAUAGCCACGGUGCCUUCGGAUUUCACGGUCAAUGUCCGGAAAGCGAGCGACCCAAUCCUUGAUGCGUGGAAAGGAGCAGCCUCCUGGUGGAGUUCAGCAGACCAGGUCGAGCGACAGGCCGCCAGUGUCACACAUGCGGAAUACAUGGAGAAAGGAAGCGAUUACAUCAAGGAACAUGACCUAGGAAACUCGAUAGCGCCAUCGCCGUUCGCUUUCGGAGGAUGA